ACCACACACAAUGGCCGAGUCGCAAUCCCCCGCUGCCGCCCCUGCGGCCACCACCAAGCCUCAUAAGCCUGAUCAGGAUGCCUUCAACGAGAACCUCGCCAAGGCCGAGAAGGAGUAUCAGGAUGCCCUGAAGAAAUACAACGAGAUCAAGGCCAAGGUUGAGCUCGCCGCUCCUAGCAAGAACAAGGACCAGCCCAGCCCCACCCAGAAGAAGCGCCAGGAGCUCAUCUCCCAGCUCAACGAGAUCCGUCAGCAGCAGGCCGGUGGCAAGAAUGCCCGCACCUCCAAGCUCGACCAGAUCAAGCGCCUCGAUGAGCAGCUCCGCAGCCGCAUUGCCGAGCAAAAGACUGCCCGCAGCAAGGUCAACUUCAAGUCCACCGAGGAACUCGACCGCGAGAUUGAGCGCCUGGAGAAGGAGGUCAACGGCGGCAUGAUGAAGCUCGUCGACGAGAAGAAGGCCCUCGCCGAGAUCUCCAACCUCCGCAAGCAGCGCAAGAGCUUUGCUGGCUUCGACGAUGCCCAGAAGCAGAUCGACGACCUCAAGGCCAAGAUCAAGGAGAUCAAGGACAGCCUGGAGGACCCUGAGGCCAAGGCCCUCAGCGAAAAGUACAACAAGCUCCAGGCCGAGCUUGACGCCAUCAAGGCCGAGCAGGACGAGGCCUACAAGAACCUCUCCAGCCUUCGUGACGAGCGCACCAAGCUCCAGCAGCUUCAGUCUGAAAAGUACCAGGCCAUCAAGAAGCUCAAGGAUGAGUACUACGGCGCCAAGAAGGAGUUCGCCAAGUGGGAGCGUGAGCAGCGCGAGAAGGCUCGCGAGAGACAGCAGGCCGAGCGUGAGCGCAUCGCCAAGGAGCGCCGCAUGGAGCGUGCCCAGAAGAUGCUUGCCGAGGCUUCUGACCCCGCCUACCUCGAGGAGAUCCGCCGUGCCAACUCUCUCCUCAAGUACUUCGACCCCAGCCACGAGGUCGCCGAGAAGGCUCCUCUCCUGGCCGACAAGGGCCUCGGUGCUCAGGCUCUUCGCAAGGUCGACGACUCUGGCCUCAAGGGCAUGAAGCUCGUCCGCAAGGAGGAGCGUGAUGACGACUACCUCCCUGCCGUCAAGAAGGGCAAGAAGUCCAAGAAGCCCACCGGUGCUGCCCCUGUCGCCACCGGCAAGACCUUCAGCCUCCCUCCCUCGGUCAUUGAGGACUGCAGCUUCGUCGGUGUCGAGCCCCCCAUGGCUGCUACCGAUAUCCCUGCUGCCGUUGAGAAGAUCAAGGCCAAGCUCGAGCAGUGGAAGGCUGACCAGCCUGAGCAGACUCGCAAGAACAUCGAGAAGGCCAAGAAGGAGAUUGAGCGCCUCGAGGCUGAAGAGGCCGGUGAGGCUUCGGGCUCUGCCACCCCCAAGAAGGCCGUCGAGGAGGUCACCGAGGGCGUCAAGAACGCCACUAUUGAAGAGAAGACUGAGGCUGUCGAGGCAUCCGCAUAGAAGCGCCGCCAUCGACGUCACGGAUCGUCUCGUUCUCUGACAUCUGGGAAGUUAUGAUUUGAGGGGGACCAGGACUCCGACGAGGUUCAGGUUGCCAGGUUAAGCGGGUAUUUGGGUCCUGUCAUCCCUCUUUUUCAUCCUUACCACUACCGUCCGCUGCCCACAACGACGUUACAGCCGUGUCAGAUGUUGUGCGCAUCUAUCCCGGCACAUUAUCAUUCGCAUAUAUAUCCCCGAUAUUCAUCCUUUUUUUUUGCCUUAGUGGUCUCUUUAGUCAUCAUUAUCCCCUGGUCUCUUCCAUCAACUGUUGUUAGCAUGCUUAUUGGGGUACAGAAAAGGGGAAAGUUUUCGGGAAUUCAAAAUACGGGGUGGCAUUCUUAACUCAUCCUCACCUUCACACGCAAAAAGACUUUAAUAGCUGGAUUUGUCCGAACCUGCUCCCCAACGUAUUAGGUUUUGAGGUGAUGUUUCUGGUGGUUGGUGAACGCAAGGGAAUCGACAAGCCAACUGAGGUACUGCAGGCCCCGAAAAGAAAGCAUGACAAGGUGUCGAAGUGGAAGAAACUGACGGGAACAUGUGAAAAGGACUCUUGAGAUAGGUUAGAUACGAGAGUGGAAAACAAGAGGGACAUUGAUACCCAUCUUUCACACUCGC